AAUCUUCAAACUCUUUCCAUAUAAAAAUCUCUCUCUUCUUCUAUCCCUGUUUGAUCUUUUCUAGAGAAAAUGAGUGGAGGCAAGCCUUCUUCAAAAAGGAAAGGAGUUGAAAAAUAUGAAGAUGCAUCAGUAAAUACAGAAGUAGAACUUCAUGUUGAACAUGAGGCUAUUUUUCAUGAUCACGUACCAAUUGUUUCAUAUUACAACGACCGUAUCACACCUCUCCUUGAUGCAGUGGACCGGCUGAGGCAACUCCAGGUAGUGAAAGAAGGCAUACAACUUCCAACCAUUGUUGUUGUUGGCGAUCAAUCUUCAGGCAAAUCCAGUGUUCUUGAAUCGUUGGCUUGUAUCAAUCUUCCUCGUGGCGAUGGAAUUUGCACUAGAGUGCCUCUCAUUAUGAGGCUUAAACAUCACCCAUCUCUUGUACCAGAGAUUUUCUUGCAGUUCAAUGACAAAACAGUGCCUACUGAUGAAGCCCACGUUGCUGAUGCUAUCAAUCUUGCCACUGAUGAGAUUGCAGGAAACGGUAAGGGCAUAUCUAACACUGAAUUAACUCUUGUAGUGAAAAAGAAUGGUGUUCCUGAUCUUACUCUUGUUGAUCUCCCUGGAAUCACAAGAGUUCCUGUUCAUGGUCAACCUCGAGAUAUCUAUGAGCAGAUAGCAAAUAUUAUAAUGAAGUAUAUAAGUCCUGAUGAGAGUGUUAUCCUUAAUGUUUUGUCUGCGAGCGUUGAUUUUUCCACAUGCGAAUCCAUAAUGAUGUCAAAGAAAGUCGACAAGAACGGUGAGAGGACUCUUGCUGUGGUUACAAAGGUUGAUAAAUCACCUGAAGGGUUACUUGAGAAGGUCACUAGAAAUGAUGUGAAUAUAGGCCUUGGUUAUGUGUGUGUUAGAAACCGUAUUGGUAACGAGUCUUAUGAGGAUGCAAGGAAGGAAGAAGCUGCACUGUUUGCUACACAUCAACUUUUGUCCAAGAUUGAUAAAUCUACAGUGGGUAUUCAAGUUUUGGCUCAAAAACUGGUGCGAAUUCAGGCCAAUAUUAUUGCCAAGUGUUUGCCUGAUAUCGUCAGAAAGAUUGAUGAGAAGUUGAAAGCGAGUAUUUCAGAGCUGAAUAGGAUGCCCAGGAGGUUGUUGUCAGUUGCUGAGGUCAUGGCAGCUUUAACAGGCAUUAUUGGAUCUUCCAAGGAGUCUUUGAGGAAAAUCCUUGUAAGAGCGGAAAUUGAUGAAUACCCAGAUGAAAAAGAAAUGCACUGCACUGCUAGAUUGGUUGAAAUGCUCAAUCAAUUCUCAACUGAACUUCAUAAGUGCUCUGACCAUACAAAGAAUUUUAUGAUAAAUGAGAUUGAGGUUUUGGAGGAAAGAAAAGGGAUUGCAUUGCCCAAUAUCCUAAUUCCUCACACUGCCAUCCUUACCAUCCUGCAGCCAAAGUUUGAAGAAAUAUCAGAACUACCAAUAGGGUUUGUUGAAAAAGUGUGGACUUACAUUGAAGGUGUGGUCAUUUCAGUUUUGGAUCGUCACUCGGAGAACUAUCUCCAACUUCAGUUAUUUAUCAGACGAGUAGCCCAUAAACUUGUAUCUAAAAUGAAAGACCGGUCCAUUGAUUGGGUAACAGAGAUCGUUCAGAUGGAGAAGGGAACGGAUUACACAUGUAACCCAGAAUAUAUGAAGGAGUGGAACGAGCUCAUGGCACAGCAGCGUGCAGUCAUUGACAACAUGACGAAAUUUGGAUUUUCCAAGGUGACGAUUGAUGGCUCGAGAGAGGUUGUAGUGGAACAUCUUAGGGGUCAUAAGCAUGUUCUUCUUCAAGCUUUUGACUUGAAGAUGAGGCUGAUUGCUUACUGGAAGAUUGUCUUGAUGAGGUUGGUUGACAAUAUGGCUCUGCAUGUCCGGCUCAGCAUCCGAAACUUGGUGAACAAGGAGAUGGAAAAGGAGAUUGUUAAUGCGUUGUUGGGUACUGGUGGUGGUGUUGCAAUAGAAAGAAUGUUAGAGGAACCUCCAUCUGUUGCUAGCAAGCGUGAGAGGCUGAACACAAGUAUCAAGUUGUUGAGGGAGUCUAAAGAGGUGCUGGCAAAUAUCAGAGACAAAAUUGAAUGUGGUGAUCACUAGCGCUUAACAGAUUAUGGAGCUUGUAAUGCUUUUCUUGUUUCUUUUAGUUAAUAGAUUAGUUCUAUUAUGGUGUUUGUUAUCUACUAUGAGCUUCUGGUUUGCUAAUUAAGCUAAGAUACUAUGAAUGUAUUACAGUGUGUGAUGGUGAACUUUGUGAGGUGAUUUGGGUAACUGAGUCUGCAAAAUUGGAUUUCUUUUGUGCUGCAUAUUUUGCUAUCUCAUCCGAUAGUUUCCAUGCGCAAGCCCUUCAAAUGUUUAAUCCCAUACCCUUCUAUGUUCUGUUUUC